GACCAGGAGAUAGAGCCAGGCAGAGGAGGGCCCCAGACGCAGCUGGGCUGCCUGUUGGCUCUGGGAAUGGAGACUUUCAUCAUCUCUAAAAUGAGUGUUGACGAGGCCCAUGUAAGACUUGUUCCCAAGACAGGUCUCGGCCACAGCAAACACUGAAAGAAAGCAAACAAACCCACAACCAACUCAUUAAAUGGCUUCUAACAUCAAAGAGCGCUCACCAAACCCCUGAGGCUGAUUUCAGAGCUGGCGGACUGGUGCAGCUUCCUGAAAUGCAGAACCGGGCCAGUCACCCUGAGCUCCCCUAUCCUUGUGCGCGAUCACUGUGGGGACAACAUGAAAUCAGCCACUCGACUUCUGUAUGAUCUGCUUUGGAGAAAAUCGGAGUUACAAGCAAUGUGAGCUCCCAGCCUAGUUCCUACAAGCAUGUACCCCCUGUGUCUGUAGCCAUGAGCCACCAGAUCCUGCUGCUCCUGGCCGUACUGACCCUGGGCCUGGCCACCUCCCAACACCGAGACAAGGUGCCCUGUAAGAUGGUAGACAAGGAGGCCUUGUGUCAUGGUCUCGGCCUGCUCCAGGUCCCCUCAGUGCUCCCGCUAGACAUUGAGCUCCUCGAUCUAUCUGGAAACCAGCUGCAGAGAAUCCUGGCCUUACCCCUGGGCUUCUACACAGCACUCCGGCACCUGGACCUGAGCUCCAAUGAGAUCAACUUCCUCCAGACAGGGGCCUUCCAGGCCCUGCCCCACCUGGAGCACCUCAACCUGGCCCAUAACCGCCUGGCGGUGGGCAGCGUGCUGAGCGCCCCUGACCUGGGCCUGCUGCCGCAUGUGACAUCUCUGGACCUGUCUGGAAACAGUCUGUACAGUGGCCUGGUGGAGCAGCUGCUGGGGGAGGCCCCUGCGCUGCGCACCCUCUCCCUGGCGGAGAACAGCCUGACUCGCCUGGCCCGCCACACCUUCCGGGGCACACCCGUGCUGGAGCGGCUGGACCUCCACAGCAACGUGCUCAUGGACAUCGAGGACGGUGCUUUCGAGGCGCUGCCGCACCUGGCCCACCUCAAUCUCUCCCGGAACUCCCUCACCUGCAUCUCUGACUUUAGCCUCCAACAGCUGCGUGUGCUUGACCUGAGCUGCAACAGUAUUGAGGCCUUCCAGACGGCCCCAGAGCCCCGGGCUGAGUAUCAGCUGGCCUGGCUUGACCUGCGGGAGAACAGACUGCUCCACUUCCCUGACCUGGCCGCGCUCCCCAACCUCAUCUACCUGAACAUGUCCAACAACCUCAUCCGGCUCCCCACAGGGCCACCCCAGGGUGGUGAGGGCCUCCAGGCACCUUCUGAGGGCUGGUCGGCCCUGCCCUCCUCGAACCCCAGUCAGAACUCCAGCAUCCACCCCCUCUCCCAGCUCUUGAAUCUGGAUUUGAGCUACAACGAGAUCGAGCUGGUCCCUGAGGGCUUUCUUGAGCCCCUGACCUCCCUCCGCUUCCUAAAUCUCAGCCGAAACUGCUUGCGAGCCUUGGAGGUGCGGCGUGCGGGCUUCCUGCCUUGCCUCGUGCAUCUGGACGCCAGUCACAACACACUGGAGACAGUGGAGCUGGCCACCAGAGCCCUGGGGUCUCUGCGGACGCUGCUUCUACAGGACAAUGGUCUGCGGGCCCUGCCUGCGUACACUUUUGCCAGCCUGGCCAGACUGCAGAAGCUUGAGCUGCAGGGGAACCGGCUCAGGCCUUGUGGGGGGCCCAGUGAGCCUGGCCCCUCAGGCUGUGUGGCCUUCUCUGGCCUCUCCUCCCUCCGCAUCCUGAACCUGGCGGACAAUGGGAUGGAGAUGCUCCGGCCGGGUGCCUUCCUCCAUACACCGCUUACUGAGCUGGACCUCUCUGCCAACCCGGGGCUAGAUAUGGCCCCAGGGGCCUUGGUGGGCCUGGAGACCUCCUUAGAGGUCCUGGCCCUGCAGGGCAACGGGCUGGCCAUCCUGCAAGUAGACCUGCCCUGCUUCCGCUGCCUCAAGCGACUCAAUCUUGCCGAGAACCGCCUGAGCCGCCUGCCUGCCUGGACACAGGCUGUGUCACUGGAGGUGCUGGACCUGAGGAACAACAGCUUCAGCCUCUUGCCGGGCAGUGCCAUGGGUGGCCUCGAGACCAGCCUCCGGCGUCUCUACCCGCAGGGGAACCCGCUGAGCUGCUGUGGCAAUGGCUGGCUGGCGGCCCAGCUGCACCAGGGCCGUGUGGACGUGGAUGCCACCCAAGACCUGACCUGCCGCUUUGGCUCACAGGAGGAGGUAUCCCUGAGCCAUGUGCGUCCUGAGGACUGUGAGAAGGGCGGGCUUAAGAAUGUCAACCUCAUUAUCAUCCUCACCUUUGUGCUGGUCUCUGCUGUCCUCCUCACCACUCUGGCCACCUGUUGCUUUGUCCGCCGGCAGAAGUUCACCCAGCAGUACAAAGCCUAGAGAAGCCAGAAGCCGGGAGCUCUUCCAGGAUAGCUGGGGAGCCUGAGGCACGGACAGGGGCGGGGACCAACCCAAGGUCACACAGGAUCUGAGAACCCUGCCCUCUGAAUCCCAGCCCGGGGCUCCUUUCCCCAUAUCCUGCUCUAUUGGUAGGUGACUGGCUUCCCAGGCCACACGUGUGGUCCAGCUGUGGAAGCCGGAAGUCGGGCAGUUUCAGGAGUGACAGAAAAUAAGGCUGACCUAUUCGUGCAACACAUCUUUGCCAGGCAUCUGUUUUGUGUCACAUCCUGCCCCGGCCACUGGGGACACAAGACACAUCCCUGCCCUCAGGCAUCACCGAGCCCUGGUGGGGAGGUGGUCACAAAGCCACGGAGCAUGGAAGUCCUCCAAAGCUCUGAGGACUCCAGCUGGCUGAGUCUUGGGGAGUCCUGCCUCGAGCAGGGCCAGAGCAAAGGAGGGGCGAGACCCAGAAGACUUGUCUGAGGUGGUUCCAAGCAGACUGUGGGUCACAUCUUCUGAUAAUGACUUUCAGCCUCUCUGGAACAUGAAGAGCUUGUGACCGGAAGAGAACUGGAGCUGCAUAAAUAGGUCUUGGAUCCAGCCAUGAGGCAGGCUGCAGCGGCCCUGCAGGGCCUGGUUAAGAGGUGGUUGCCCUGGGUCCUGGCCCAGUGCUAGACCAUUCCAUUUCCUGCUCCGAGCAGGCCCUGUCCCUACCUGGCACUCUCGUGGUGCUCAAACACUGCUCCAGCCCCCCAGCUCCCCGUGCAGACAUGCUGUCCCAUCCCAGCCCUCCGCUGGCUGGCGAGCCAAGAGUCAGACCGUAGGUAUCUGGUUCUGUUUUGCACCAGGCUUGGCAGCUAUGACAUGUCUGCCUCUUUAUGACUACCCUCUGAGGUUGGUAUUUUAUUCCAUUUUACCAAAAAAAGAUCCACCACUCUCCUUUCAGGGUCCUCCAGCUAAGAAAUGACAUAAGUGAGAUGCAGACUCAAAUCCUCUGUCUCCAGGGCCUGACUGUAGGGGCUGGGGGCUACUAGGUGGACAGGAAAUGGACCCACACUUUGGGAACAGGGCCUAGGGGCAUCCUGUGCAACACAUACCACGCAGUCCUCUCCCUCCUCUCUCCUAGGCAGGCAGACAUGGGCCCCCUCCUCCUCCUCUGCCUCAGUUUCCCUUACUCCCCCCUUUGCAGACUGGUGUGUAUUCACCUCUUUCUGUUUUGCUCUUGCAUUCCCUCUUCUUCCAUUGAGCAAAGCCCAGGGUUUGAGACCAUUGAGUGCAAACUCCCCGUUGCACGGAUAGAUAAACUGAGGCUGGGGAAGAGAAUGGAACUUGCUCAGUGCUUCACAAGUCUGUGGCAAAGCCUGUGAAAAAAGGGGGAUUCAGACCUCACUGGGGGUGGGAAGGGGGCUUAGGGGUUGGACCUGAGUGAUUUCCUUCUCUCUUAGCUGUCAUAUCACAAGAUAAUGCUGGCUCCAAACACUUUCGGGUCCUCAUUAUGCAGGGACUUUCCCUCCCUAGAAAAAUGAGUCGAAAAACCCAUCUAGAUAGAACCCCCUAUUCCUCAUACCCAUGGAAUCAUGGGCUGUCCUGGGAGCCCUGGCAUCAGCCCAAGACCCAUGUUACUGUCUUCACCGUCUUACCCAUGCUUGGCCAUCAUCUGGCUCAUGAUGGUGCUUGAGUGUGAGACAAUGAAACCGCCCCCCCCCAUCUCCAUUCCAUUUUACAGACAAGAAAACUGAGGCCCAGAGAGGGUCAAGGACUCAGGGAGUCAGUGGCAGAGCUGGGGCUAGAAGCCGGUGUCCUGGCCCCAGCCUGGGGCCCUGGUGGGUAUGUGGCACAGCCAGGCAGACCCAGACCUGGUUGGGAUCACAACCACAGGUGGUCAUGGCACAAAAAACACUCUUCCUCAGGCCUGGAGGGUGGGGCGCGGGCCCCUUCGUGCCUGAUCUAUGGAAACACUACAUAAUGCUGCUCUCACCUCCCAGGAGCCAGGCCACAGCCCUGGCCUUGGGACCAGCUCUUUGUAUAACCCACAUGAAUGUAUUAAAAAAUAAUUUUGGAGAAACA